GGGAACUACAGAAAUAGAAAUUACAAACUAAAAUUGGUCACAGCAGAUUCCUACCAAGACAAGACAGCAGUCAUCGGCAUUCAACGUUCACCAAACCCCUCCAUAUUGCUUCCAACGACCAUCUACUCAGAUUUCAGAAUAAAUUGAUUGUAUCAACUUCUUCAUCAUCAUAAUCAUCAUCGUCACUGCUACAUGGCUAGGAAGAAGAUCAGAGAGUACCAAUCCAAGAGGCUCCUCAAGGAUCACCUAAGCCGACUCGCUUCCAUUAACCUCGAAAUUCAAUCUGCUCAGGUGACGGAGUCAACGGACUUCACUGAGUUGACUAACCAACACCCAUGGCUUUCCUCUACAAAAUUGGUGGUCAAGCCUGACAUGCUCUUCGGCAAGCGCGGUAAGAGUGGCCUCGUCGCUCUCAAUUUGGACAUUGCUCAAGUCGCCGAUUUUGUCAAAGCACGCCUCGGCGUUGAGGUUGACAUCGCUGGUUGCAAGGCACCUAUCACCACUUUCAUUGUUGAACCCUUUGUUCCACAUGAUCAAGAAUUCUAUCUCUCCAUUGUUUCCGAACGCCUCGGCUCUGCCAUCAGCUUCUCUGAUUCUGGCGGCAUCGAAAUUGAGGAGAACUGGGAUAAGGUUAAGACUAUAUUCCUUCCAACAGAGAAACCUAUGACUCCGGAGGCGUGUGCGCCGCUGAUUGCUACACUUCCUUUGGAGAUUCGGGGCACAAUUGGCAAAUUCAUAAUCGGUGUGUUUGCUGUCUUUCAAGACUUGGACUUCAGUUUCCUAGAGAUGAAUCCAUUUACACUGGUGAAUGACAAGCCAUAUCCACUGGAUAUGAGAGGGGAAUUGGAUGACACUGCUGCAUUCAAGAACUUCAACAAGUGGGGUAAUAUAGAGUUUCCAUUGCCUUUUGGAAGAGUUCUGAGCCCCACAGAAAGCUUCAUUCAUUCCUUGGAUGAGAAGACAAGUGCAUCUUUGAAGUUUACUAUAUUGAACCCAAAAGGACGCAUUUGGACAAUGGUAGCUGGAGGCGGUGCAAGUGUUAUAUAUGCCGAUACUGUUGGAGAUUUAGGUUACGCAUCAGAGCUUGGAAACUAUGCUGAGUAUAGUGGAGCUCCAAAUAAGGAGGAGGUGUUACAGUAUGCAAGAGUUGUAAUUGAUUGUGCCACUGCUGAGCCCGAUGGCCGUAAGAGAGCCCUUCUUAUUGGAGGUGGCAUUGCAAACUUCACUGAUGUUGCCGCCACGUUUAGUGGGAUUAUUCGAGCCCUGAAAGAGAAGGAAACAAAGCUUAAAGCUGCAAGAAUGCACAUUUAUGUCAGAAGAGGAGGUCCAAAUUAUCAGGCUGGUUUAGCGAAGAUGCGUGCACUGGGGGAGGAACUGGGACUACCGAUUCAGGUUUAUGGACCAGAGGCUACAAUGACUGGCAUAUGUAAACAGGCUAUUGAUUGCAUAAUCUCUGAAGCAUAAAGCAGAUACGUUUUGUCACCAAAAGCCAAUAUCAAUGUGUUUCAUUAUUGAAACAAAUUUGGUGGUAUUUUGAUGAAUUUAAGUUUGUUUCGAAGAAUAAAUAGGAUUGAAGAAAAGAGAAGAGAAUCAAUAGAUGGUGCAAGCUUGAAUUUGUACUCUCCUUAAAAGUAAUCUGUGAAAAGAAAAUUGUAAAAUUUUGUGUUGUUA